AAAAGAAAAAAGACGAAUGUCUACUUCCAGAAACUUCCACAAAUCCAUUAUAAAGCCCUACUAAAACCCUAAGACGACAAUGCAAUUGCCAAUUGGUGAUUGUCAACAAAUUGUGCUUCCACAAUCUUGUCGUAGCAACUCGCAAGUUAACUAAAAUGCACAGGUUAUCGAGGCGUUCCGUCUCUGCUGUACUGCGCAACAGUGGCGCCCGACGCCGAAGCAUAUCUGCUCCAAUUUCAUCGUCUACUUCAUUCACCCACACGGUCCAAGAUGAUGAUUCUAAACUCUCCCAGUUCUCAAGCAGAUGGUACUCGGUUUCAACCUCAGGAAGACACAAUGCAUCCAAAUCCACCCUGUUCAGCCCACACAAUGGUAUGUUUUUGGGUAAACGAUAUGAGUCAACAGCAGCAGCAUCCGAUGCCUCUGAUCCUCCAGUUGAGAAAUAUGAAUAUCAAGCAGAGGUUAGUCGUCUUAUGGACCUCAUUGUUCACAGCUUAUAUAGCAACAAGGAGGUGUUUCUUCGGGAGCUCAUUAGUAACGCAAGUGAUGCCUUGGACAAGCUUCGAUUUCUUAGUGUUACAGAGCCUGCACUGUUGAAAGAUGCGGUAGAUCUUGAUAUCCGUGUACAAACAGACAAAGACAAAGGAAUUAUCACUAUUACUGACACAGGUAUUGGGAUGACACAGCAAGAGCUUGUUGAUUGCCUUGGAACUAUUGCACAAAGUGGAACUGCAAAGUUUUUGAAGGCAUUGAAGGACAGUAAGGAUGCUGGUGCUGACAACAAUUUAAUAGGUCAAUUUGGUGUUGGUUUUUAUUCAGCAUUUCUAGUUUCUGACCGGGUUGUUGUUUCAACAAAGAGCCCAAAGUCUGAUAAGCAAUAUGUAUGGGAAGGAGAGGCUAAUGCUAGUUCUUAUACAAUUAGAGAAGAGACAAGUCCAGAGAAACUUAUCCCAAGAGGAACUCGCCUUACUCUCUAUCUUAAGCGUGAUGACAAAGGUUUUGCACAUCCAGAAAGGAUUCAGAAGCUUGUGAAGAACUAUUCACAGUUUGUGUCAUUCCCCAUAUACACCUGGCAAGAAAAAGGAUAUACUAAAGAGGUUGAAGUUGAUGAGGAUCCAGCUGAAACCAAAAAUGAUGGAGAUGGCAAAGCUGAGAAAAAGAAGAAAACUAAGACCGUAGUUGAGAGGUACUGGGACUGGGAGCUGACAAAUGAAACUCAGCCCAUAUGGCUACGCAACCCUAAGGAAGUCACUACAGAGGAAUACAACGAGUUCUACAAGAAGACCUUCAAUGAGUACUUGGACCCUCUAGCAUCCUCACACUUCACUACAGAGGGUGAAGUAGAGUUUAGGUCCAUACUCUAUGUGCCAGCUAUUGCUCCUACAGGAAGAGAUGAUAUAAUUAAUCCCAAAACAAGGAAUAUAAGGCUCUAUGUUAAACGAGUGUUCAUUUCAGAUGACUUUGAUGGAGAACUGUUUCCAAGAUAUUUGAGUUUCGUGAAAGGUGUUGUGGACUCAAAUGACCUUCCACUCAAUGUUUCUCGUGAGAUUCUUCAGGAAAGUCGAAUAGUAAGGAUUAUGAGGAAGCGAUUGGUUCGGAAGGCCUUUGACAUGAUCUUGGGCAUAUCUAUGAGCGAGAAUAGAGAGGACUAUGAGAAGUUCUGGGAGAACUUUGGCAAGAACUUAAAGUUGGGUUGCAUUGAGGAUCGUGAAAACCACAAGCGGAUUGCUCCAUUGCUUCGAUUCUUUUCUUCUCAGAGUGAUGAAGAGAUGAUCAGCUUAGAUGAGUAUGUUGAGAACAUGAAACCAGAGCAGAAGGAUAUAUACUACAUUGCAUCAGAUAGUUUGACAAGUGCAAGGAAUACACCAUUCCUUGAGAGGCUUGUUGUGAAGGAUUUCGAGGUUCUCUUCUUAGUUGAUCCCAUUGAUGAAGUUGCCAUCCAAAACUUGAAAUCUUACAAAGAGAAAAAUUUUGUUGACAUCAGCAAGGAAGAUUUGGAUUUAGGUGAUAAGAAUGAGGAGAAAGAGAAGGAGAUCAAGGAGGAAUUUGGCCGAACUUGUGAUUGGAUCAAGAAGCGCUUGGGUGACAAAGUUGCCAGUGUCCAGAUUUCUAACCGCCUGAGCACAUCACCAUGUGUUCUUGUGUCUGGGAAGUUUGGUUGGUCUGCGAACAUGGAAAGGUUAAUGAAGGCACAAACAGUUGGGGACACAUCUAGCUUGGAGUUUAUGAGAAGCCGGAGGGUCUUUGAGAUUAAUCCGGAGCACCAAAUCAUCAAAGACUUAAAUGCUGCGUACCAGACUAGACCAGACGACGAAGAUGCAUUGAGGGCUAUUGAUCUUUUGUAUGACACCGCUCUGAUUUCUAGUGGCUUCACUCCUGAAAAUCCAGCACAGUUGGGUGGAAAGAUAUAUGAGAUGAUGGGCAUGGCCCUCUCAGGCAAAUGGAUUGCGCCAAUUCUUGAUAGCCAGCGUAGGGAGAUGGGCAGCUCCGAAACCGUAGAGGCUGAGGUGGUUGAGCCUGUUGAGGUUGGUGGUCAGAAAUAAGAGGGGGGUUAAUGAUGAGUCCUUUUCUUUUCUUUCUUUUUUUUUUUCUUUGAUAUAGAAGUUUCGCAGAAAGAAAUGUUAAUUAAUGGUUAAGAUGUAGGGAUCGGUCGGUCAUAUAUCGGAAAAUCUUACGUGGGGUUGACUACUGUCAUGGGUAAUAGUUACCUUUUUUUAGGUGUACUCUUAUUUUCAAUGGUUAGAGUGAAGGUACUGUUGGACCGUAGUCUUUGUAUCUGGAUUUUGACAAUGUAUCAUCAAAGCAAUGUCAUGAUGGGAAAUUUACAAUUUA